AUGUUGAACGUAAUAUUACUUUCUCAGCAGCCGACUGGGGUACCGCUUCAUACCACAACUACUGAGACUGUGACUGGUGCAGGAAUUGGCAUCGGCAUCUGGGAAGAGCACGCUGGCUAUCAUCCAACAGUCGGCAAUACUGCAACGAUUGCGAAAGGUGUAGAGGCCGGACUCAGUGGUGGUUGUGGCAGUGAUAAUGGAGAUGAUGGUGUCGGAGUCUAUGGUUCAGAUAUGAUCACUGAAGCUACGGGUUGCGUCGAAGAAAUAGUUGACAAUGAGCUAAUGAUGGUGAUGGUGAAUAGUGGCGAGGCGCCUGAGUGCUGUGCCGUCUGCGGCCAGUUAGAACCUCCAGACCUAGCUAUCGCAGCUUCGAGUACUGGAGGUGAUAACGAGGAACUCCAGGUGAACUCUUUAUUUAGCCUUAACCCAUAA